UUGGCUGAUGGUUGUAAGAGAGCAGGGAAGCUGUAGAAAGCUGCAGAAGCCGAGUGAGUAAAGCAGAGUAGUUCCGUCCAAAGGGACGCUGGGAUGACAGCGGUGCGUCGAUGUCUGCGCGCCACGACUUGGAUCAGAAGGUAGAUGAUUGUGAAAGCUUAAAAAAAGUAGAAAUUUAAACGGAAAUAACGGUUUAUCUGAAUAAGUGUCCGCAGGAAAACUAUCUGUGUAAGGCACGGAUGCUGUUGGAUGUGGCCACGCGUUUUUCUGUCUGCAAUUGCGUUUUUUCCCUACUUUGAACCAUGGCUUACUCGCAGCUGGGAUAUUCCUACUCCACCACACCACAGUUCCUGAUGACCCCUGGUUCUCCUGCAUCGCACCCAGUGCUGCGCUCUCCGGGACACCAGCUUCCUCCUGGCAGCGGCGUUGGGGUCUAUGGCGGCGCUUACCCAAAGAGUCACAACUACUACAACAGAGGUGCAAGCGAUGCCCCCCUGCUCUAUUCCAGGGGGCCACUAGAUCCCAAAGAAGCUGCACCCGUGCAUUUGGGGACAUCUCAGACCUCUAACUAUUAUCCUUAUGAAUACACAUUUGGACAAUAUCCUUAUGACAGAUAUGGGUAUUCCUGCUCGGAUAGCUCCUCCCGCCGUAAAAAUGCCACCCGGGAAACCACCAGCACUCUAAAGGCCUGGCUGCAGGAGCACCAGAAGAACCCCUACCCCACAAAGGGGGAGAAGAUAAUGCUUGCUAUCAUCACCAGGAUGACCCUCACCCAGGUGUCUACAUGGUUUGCCAAUGCACGCAGGAGAUUGAAAAAAGAGAACAAGGUGACAUGGUCACCAAGAGCUUGUAAAAGUUCUGAUGAGAGAGGCUGUGAUGAAGACAGCAGUGAAGCUGAGAAGCCGCUUAGAAACAGCACACAUCUUCAUAAUCAACGAUGUGCAGAGCUGCAGAGUGACCUUGAGGACUUCGACAUGGUGGAGUCAGAUGCUUCUGAUAGCGACCCGAAGUCACAUGUUCUACCAGAGGAUAAAGAAGCAAACCCAAACACAGAUCCCCCACAUGGGCAGAGAUUGUCCGCAGAUUGCUCCAAACUAACACCAGUCAACCAUCAAAACAGCUCCUUCUACAUGAACCAAGACCUCCGAAGUCCUGACACUAAGCCAAAAAUCUGGUCCAUUGCACACACAGCUGUUCCCCCAGAAGCCGGCUCCCAGCCAGAAUACCCCCCAUGCAUGCUGUCAUCGACCCGGUCCUCCUCUCCUGUGUACCCAACGAACAUGGCACUCACCAGUGUGGACAGGCAACAAGAGUCACCGGUGGCCACAUUGAGAGAGUGGGUGGAUGGAGUAUUCCAUGGUCCUCCUUUCCAGCAGUCAAAACCAGCUGAGGUGUGGAAAGAUCUCAACGAGGCCAUGAUAGACAGCGGGACAUCUGCUCAACCCUUUGAACUUAUACAGUCUACACCAUGUUUGUAGUCUAUGAACGUUGUAGCACUGGGACUUCUGGACUAAAAACAAAAGUCUACAUUUUGUUUUUGUGAUAAGACCGAAUGACUGUACCUCAAACUCCAAGUUUUCCAAUGCAGACUGGUUUCGAUGCAAAAAAAAAAGUGUUAAAUGAGAUUUGUUUUACCUCCAUAACAUAAGUUAUUGACAGCUAAAUGGUAAUGGAAUCAUUUUAGCUUAUAAAGAAAAAGUGGGUAGUAUUUUCCAUGUAGCAGUGAUGCAACCUCCAUCCAUCCCUGUGUUGGCUGUGUUGUACUUUGUUAAGUCUCAGAAACAACCCCAGUUGUAUUGGUCACCCCUUAAUUUUCACCCAGAAAAUUUUUUAAAGCUUUGCUUGAUGAAAGUUGUUAAACUAUGAGUUAAAUUUGUAGUUCAGAUUCUGAAAAGAGAUUCUGUGAAGAUUUCCUCAAUAAUGUUCCCCCUACUUGUAGUAGAAACGUGCCACAUCACUGUGAAUUUGAAGAAAAGUGAAGAAAUCCUCAGAUUGGUCAAAGUAGCUAAUUCAGACAGGGGCCUUGGUGUAAGCUAAAGUUGACAAUUUAAAACAGCUCAAACAGCUCAAAAUUAAAAAGCAAUAUUAGCAUAUGGCAGGCUGGGGUGGGUUUGCUUGUUGCCCCCUAGCUCAGCCGUCUUGUGUUGGGGUUUACCCCAGUGGAUGAGAGGGUCACAUUCCUGCGCC